UGGCGAGUGAGAGGUGACCUUUCUCCUCUCUCUCCAUCCGGCCUAUUUAAUCAAUAAAUACAUGUAUUCAAACACUAGUUUAACAAUCAUAAACAGAUAAUGUGGUACCAUUAUCUUCCGUUUAUAAAUCAAACGCUUAGUGACAUAAUUACGUGUCGACCAUGUUCUUUACCGUUUUUUUUAGAACAAUAAAAUAUCAAAAACUGUUCGGACAAACUUUCUGCGCUUUUUCUGCCAGCACCCACACGCCUUGAAGUUAUCUCCACUAUAAUUGAUACGCAUCUGUCGAAUACGUCAAAAAGAUGAUGCAUUACUCCAAACGUAAUGAGGACAAGAUACAAUUUGAGAUACAAUUUAUGUACGUUUUGUUCUGUAUGAAAGGACUUGAUGAAACACAUGAAACACAAUGGCACAUGAUGUUGAAGUUGGUGAAGUUGCAGCACUUUGUUCCAGACCUAAUUCACAUUCAUCCUAAAAAGGGGUCACAAGUUUUCGGAUAGAAUUGGCAAUCAAAAGUCAUCGAACAACAAAAAAAAGUUGCUGAUAUUUCUACUCUAACGGCUUACAAGAACUCUUCCGAUGCAAACGUAUCUAGUCUACUGAGGGAGGACUCCGUGAAUCCUGCAAAGAAAGUACUCAUUUUGAUUUCCAUGAAGCUUGCGAAACGACUGCUCAACCUGAAUCCGUAAAUUUCGAAGCAUCUUCGCCCCUACUAUCAUUCUGUAAAAGAUCGUACUCUCAAGUGUACGAUCUAUCACCGUCUCCAACAGGAAAUUCUUUGGCUCCUGCUUGCUCACUUUCUGCCAUUGAUGAUUUCGAAGUCUUCGUCAGUAGAAAAAUAAAAUAUUUGGAUGAUUAUCGUGACUCAGCGAUUGUUAAACUUCACAACAAUUCGGAUCACAAACUUCAGUUUGAAUGCCGGAUCGACUGUGAUGACUUCGGUGUUGGACCGUCUGAUGGUUGUAUUGAGUCGUCAUCCACCACAAGAUUGGUCCCCUUCGACUGCAUCGCUUAUUGAUUGUUUUCGAGCAAUAUAGACAACACACACUGCCCCUCAAUAGAUCCAUUUGUGUCCAUUUGGUCAUUUAUUUUGCGUCCAUUCCCGUUUCUUCUUAUAUUUUAAAUAAUGACUGAAAAAAGUUAUAUUCCGUUUCAACUCCUCCGUCUUCCAAAAAAAGCUCUCCAUCGUGCAAUCAAGCACAUUAAUGAUAUCGACUUAAUCAAUUUGUCAUUCACUUGCGAAGCUGCUAAAAGUCUUGUAACUUUGUUGAUACAAACUACAAAUUCUACACAUUUAAUACAUUUGGAUAUGCGCGAAGGAAAAAUUUUUAUGAGUGUGAACAUGGAUAACGAUGUUUUGCUUGUAUUUUGCUAUAAAGACAACAAACCCAUUCCAAACGGGAUGUUUUCUAAAGGAUUAAUCAAAUUAAAAGAUCUUAAAACUUUAAAUAUACAUGACACUGUCCUAUUGUUGAUAUCAAAUCAAGCAAUUACUGAAUGUGUUGGCCACAUUCAAACCGUGCUCAAUAAACGAAAAGUAGAAGAAUUUUAUAUUACAGACAAUAUUACUUGUUCUGAAUCAAUUUUUGUCGCAUUAAAUUCAAUCAAAUUUGCACGGAUUUGUGUGCGCCCUGGAAAUAACUCGAGUUUUCGAUUGUUUUACCGUGACGCUCUGAGAAAACUUCGUUUUCAAACCGACUGGAUCGAAAUGUGUUGCGAUUCCUCAGUAGAAUUUCGCGAAGUUUUGAUACAAAAUCUUUGUUUAUUUUCUGCUGAGCUACCUUUUAAAAUCAAAUUGAAUGAGUUACUGGCCAUUCAAAGUUCUGAAAUUUUCAUUGAGUGGCCAAUAAGUUCUGCUGACUUGAACAUAUUCCUGAAACACUGGAUUUGUGGAUUCAACAAAAGAGUGAAGUGUUGUUGGAUUCAAUUAGAAAACAUUGAGGUCAUGAAUGAACAAGAGUUAUUGACAACUUUAUUGAAGAACAUCAAGCAUACUCGAUCACCUCAAAAUCGAGUUAUCAAUUUUUCUCUACACAGUUUUCCCGAAAUUCUAGUUCAAGGAGGAAUUGAUAUUCAGAAUGAAGAUGGAAGAACAGCAACAAUUUACUUUGAUAUUCCUAAUGUAUUUAAAAUGUGUGUUUGGAACUGUUCCCUUUGA